AGUGCUGACGGGCCCGGCUGGGCCGGUAAGUGAAGGGAUGAAAGAGGGAGGGAAGCCAGGGUGGCGCCCGAUGACCUGGGCCUUCCGGAGCCGCCGGCACGCCGGGGCCGGGAGUAUCCUCCUCAGAGCCCGCCUCGCUGCCCGCCGGGUUCUGGCAGCACGGGGGGCGCGGAGGCUGCCCGGGCGCCCCUCGCCCCCUUCCUCCCAGCGCCGCCGACCCGGCCUGUCGCCCACUCCCGCGGGCGCCGACCCUUCCUCGUCUCCCACCUCUGCCCUUUCCCUAAGGAGGGAGGCCCCGACUUUUACCAAGUGUCUGCCAUGUGACAGGGGCUUUGCCUGCAGUAUCGCACUUAGUCCCCUCCACGGUAAAGUUAGGAGGCUUCUUUAUGCCCAUUUCACAAAUGAGGAAGCGGAGGAUGAAGCGGAGAGGUAAUGUGACUUGCUCAAAGUCUUGAAACAAGAAGGUGCCCAAACUGGGAUCGAAACUCAGAUCUGACCCCAGAACUCAUGAUCUUUCCACUGCAUUGCGCCGCCCCCGUGAACGACAGCAGCAAGGAAUUUACAGCCCACCUUUCUGCCCCCCAGGACUACACAUAAAACACAGUUUUCAUUACAGUUGUUCAUACUGAUGCUAAGAAGGAGGAACAGAAAGGGGGCAGGGAGAUUUUUAGGAGGCCAGCUUGGAAUAGAGGGUGGCUGAUGCAAUGACCAGCUAAUAUCUUGAUUCCCAAGAGGGUUUCACUGGUCUCCACCCGCACUCUUUCCUGUACCCACCUCUGAUUGGACAGUCCCAUCAAAAAGGUUGGGUCAAGAGGCUUAAGCGUUUCUGAGAAACUGGGGGAUUUAUAAGAAACUCCUAUGUGUGAGUAGUGAAGGGUGGGAUAAACAAGGAAGGAAGAGAGAAGUCUUUUUCUAAAAGGAAACUGAAAGGAGGAAAGGACGACUAUUAAAGAAGAGCUUGAGCUGCACGGGGCAGUCUCAGCUACUCAAGUGCCCGGUGGGACCAGUGGCCACCUCUGCAGUGUCUCCUGCAACCUCGUUUUGUCUGGACGGCUGAGCAAAUCUCCCAGCACCCUAGCCGGCUGUGGCCUUAGGUCCUGGAAAAUGGCAGAUGUGCCCAACGGCGAGCAGGGGUGCAGCUCCCCACUGGAGCUGUUCAACAGCAUAGCUGCUCAGGGGGAGCUCGUGAGGUCCCUCAAAGCCAGACACGCGGCGAAGGAUGAAAUUGAUUCCGCAGUAAAAAUGUUGUUAUCCUUGAAAAUGAGCUACAAAGCUGCGAUGGGGGAGGAUUACAAGGCUGACUGUCCUCCAGGGAACCGGGCGCCAGGGAUUGACAGUGGCCUGGAUGCCACAGAAGCAGGAGACGAUUUUGUGGACCCGUGGACAGUACAGACAAGCAGUGCAAAAGGCAUCGACUAUGACAAGCUCAUUGUUCGGUUCGGAAGCAGUAAAAUUGACAAGGAGCUGAUAGACCGGAUAGAGAGAGCCACUGGCCAGAGGCCACACCGCUUCCUGCGCAGGGGCAUCUUCUUCUCACACAGAGAUAUGAAUCAGGUGCUCGAUGCCUAUGAAAACAAGAAGCCGUUUUAUCUGUACACGGGCAGGGGCCCGUCCUCCGAAGCAAUGCACGUGGGUCACCUCAUCCCGUUCAUCUUCACCAAGUGGCUGCAGGAUGUGUUCAACGUGCCUUUAGUCAUCCAGAUGACGGACGACGAGAAGUACCUCUGGAAGGAGCUGACCCUGGAGCAGGCCCACGGCUACGCCGUGGAGAACGCCAAGGACAUCAUCGCCUGCGGCUUCGACGUCAACAAGACCUUCAUCUUCUCCGACCUUGACUACAUGGGGAUGAGCCCGGGCUUCUACAAGAAUGUGGUGAAGAUUCAGAAGCACGUUACCUUCAACCAAGUGAAAGGCAUCUUCGGCUUCACCGACAGUGACUGCAUUGGGAAGAUCAGCUUCCCCGCCAUCCAGGCUGCUCCCUCCUUCAGCAGUUCCUUCCCGCAGAUCUUCCGAGACCGGACAGACAUCCAGUGCCUCAUCCCGUGUGCCAUCGACCAGGACCCGUACUUCAGGAUGACCAGAGACGUGGCCCCCAGGAUCGGCUACCCCAAGCCCGCCCUGCUGCACUCGACCUUCUUCCCUGCCCUGCAGGGGGCCCAGACCAAAAUGAGCGCCAGCGACCCCAACUCCUCCAUCUUCCUCACGGACACGGCCAAGCAGAUCAAGACCAAGGUCAACAAGCACGCGUUUUCGGGAGGCAGGGACACCAUCGAGGAGCACCGGCAGUUUGGGGGCAACUGCGACGUGGACGUGUCCUUCAUGUACCUGACCUUCUUCCUGGAGGAUGACGACAGGCUCGAGCAGAUCAGGAAGGAUUACAGCAGCGGGGCCAUGCUCACGGGCGAGCUCAAGAAGGUGCUCAUAGAGGUGCUACAGCCCCUGAUCGCCGAGCACCAGGCCCGGCGCAAGGAGGUCACGGACGAGGUGGUGAAAGAGUUCAUGACUCCCCGGAAGCUGUCCUACGACUUCGAGUAACCCUCUUUUAUGCACACGGUCUAAGAGACGUAAUUUACCAAUAAUCCCAGCCUAGUCGAAUCACCGCUACCCCCAGACUCUGCCACACGGUAAUUACUGGCUGGGCGUCUGCAAGCCCUGUGAGUGGAUCGGGGCUGUCCUUCUGUCUCCUGUGAGUGCGACCCCGUGGGGCACCUGGGUGCCGGCUAACACCCCGUGGUCACACCGAUCAGUCCAGCUGGAGUCUCUCCCACAAAAGCGGCCCCCAGGGCGUGGGGCAGGGUGUCGGCUGGGCAGCCCGUGCUGGGCCGCCGGACUCCUCCCACACGCAGACGCGCUCCUCCACCUGCUCUGUGAAAGAAUGUGUAGUCUGGGUAUGUCUAUCUGGCAUCAAAUAUGAUCCUAAAACUAAAAAGUGCUUUGAAAAGUUGAUGGGAAAGUUGAAUGGGUGUAAGAUGCAUUUUAGCCCAUGUCCCCCCCAAAAAAUUUUAAAAGAAUUACUGGCUAAAAGCUUUGCUCUGCAGGUGACGAGAUCUCUCAGCCUGAAAGCUGCCUAUUGGCCCUUUCUCAGAAUUGGCCAGUUGUUAUUGAGUCUUUUGUGGGUGAAACUUGCUGAUCCCCUGGCUAAACUCCAGACCGUGCAUGUGCUCGACUCCAGGAAUCAACUACUAAUGUUUGUUUCCACCAAAUAAUCCUAGACACUCCAUCCCGAAAACCAGUGGCUGCUUUACUCUGAUGGGCCUGAUCCUGAGGGGUCUGUUACCUUUGCAGAUGCUUUUGUUUUGACACUUGACUGGCGUGGAAGUCUGCACAGAGCAGUGCCCUGCCUGUGUCCCCAGACGGGCGGACGUAGCUAGACCGCGUGCAGCCGCCCUCUGGGCCCUCGGCGGGGCAUCCGCAGGAGGCCCAUUUAAUCGUGCAUCCUGGGUAGUUUCGGAAAAGCAGAAGACCCCUCCUGGGUCCAAGUAUCUGUCCCCUCUGCAGGCGCAGGGCCCACUCCCGAGUGCCCAACUCUGGUCUCACUCGUGACAAGUAAACUUCCUUCAUUCCU